GGGUCUCCGAUGGGCAGGGAGAGGUUCCAGGGUGUGGAGCCGGGCCCACGACAGUCCCCUCCCGGCCUGGCCAGAGCCCUUCUCUCCCGGGGGGGCUUGGCCUCCCCCUCCUCCCUUCGCCUCCAGCACCCAGGGCGGCUGCGGACGGCAGAGACGCUAGGGGCGGCUGCGACGACUGGAUCCACCGGCCAGCGCUGAGCUGCCCGGGCCCGGGCACUGUGCUCAGCUCAGAAGCAGCACACCAGGCAUCUGCAGGGCUCCAGCCCAGGCCGCUGUCACGAUGCCACACUUCCUGGACUGGUUCGUGCCCCUCUACCUGGUCAUCUCCGUCCUCAUCCUGGUGGGCUUCGGCGCCUGCAUCUACUACUUCGAGCCCGGCCUGCAGGAGGCGCACAAGUGGCGCAUGCAGCGCCCCCUGGUGGACCGAGACCUCCGCAAGACGCUCAUGGUCCGGGACAACCUGGCCUUUGGGGGUGCCGAGGCCUGAGCGGACCCCCUCCAUGCCCAGCCAGCCUGGCCGU